UGGUCUCACGUUCCUCUAACAACGGCACCUCGGUUGCGUGCGUGUGUGCGUGCAUGUGAGCGAGGAGACGAAGGGACGUGGAUGGAUGUGGGGUUUAUUACGUAGGGUACGGGUACGGGUAUGGGUAUGCAACAACGCACAGAUAGACGGCCGACGAGACUCUUGUCGCUACAGCGAUGGUGGAGGGCCAUAAAACAGCGCUUCGAUUUUUACUUUAUGUUCUGCUUCGUGGCACUAUUGAAAAUAUGGGUGCGGUGUGUUGUGUUGAAUACGUCUUUGUGGUUGUUGUUUUUGCCUUGCUUGCUGGGUGUGGCUGGGCUGCGUGCGGGAUAUACAUACAUAUAGAGAGAGCUGCUGCUGCUGCUAGUAAGUAGGUAGAGUAGGCACUACUACUA